GGAGCCGGCGGGCGAGCGGGUGUCCCUGCAGCCAGCGAGCAGGAGGAGGAGCCGCCAGCGCGCCAGGGGGAGCCGGGGGAGCCGAGCAGGGCGCCCCAGGUGACUGCCCCCUCCAUCUCCUGAGAUGUCAGGAAGGAGAGGGCCACCUGUGUCCCCCACAGGGGCCCCCCGGAGCCUGGGGGCCCCCAGCCCCAGAGCUCGGAGGCGGAGGAGGUGCUGACAGGUGCUCAGCAAGAUGCUCCCCCACCCCCCCGGCUCCCUCCCCAUCCUCCUCCUUUUCCUCCUCCCCAGUGUCCCAAUGGAGCCCCAGCCCCCACCCUCACUGCUGCCCCCAUUUCCAGCCCCUGAGUGGGACCUCUUAUCCCCUCGAGUAGCCCUGUCUAGGGGCGCCCCUGCAGGUCCCCCCCUGCUCUUCCUGCUGGAGGCUGGGGCCUUCGGGGAGCCAGCCGGCAGCCCAGCCAACCGCAGCCGAAGGGGUGUGAGUGAGACAGCCCCGGCCAGUCGAAGGGGAGAGCUGGCUGUGUGCGAUGCAGUCAGUAGCUGGGUGACAGACCGCAGGACCGCCGUGGACCUGCGUGGGCGUGAGGUGGAAGUGCUGGGAGAGGUGCCUGCGGCUGGUGGCAGUCCCCUUCGCCAGUACUUCUUCGAGACCCGCUGCAAGGCUGACAGCUCUGGGGAAGGUGUCCCCGGUGGGGGUGGAGGAAGCUGCCGGGGUGUGGACCGGAGGCACUGGGUUUCCGAGUGUAAAGCCAAGCAGUCCUAUGUACGGGCAUUGACCUCAGAUGCCGAGGGCCGUGUGGGCUGGCGAUGGAUUCGAAUUGAUACUGCUUGUGUCUGCACACUCCUCAGCCGGACUGGCCGGGCCUGAGGCCCAUGCUCAGGAACUGGCUGGCAGAUGAAGAAGAGAACUGGAUCCUGAGGGACCUGGGGGCGGGGGAUGGCCUGGCCACUUUGGGCUUCAGUCAAAUGGUCACAAAAUCACAGCUCUCUGAAUUUGAGAGCUUCAUUUCAAAGACAGUUGGGGAAACCAAAUGGGGUUUUGAAGGAUGAAUAGGAGUUCUCCUGGAUGAACUUCCUGAUGAUGCUGACUGUGAUAGCCAAUUAUUCUGAGUGUUUUACUGUUCAUCAGUCCAAUACACAACUUGUCAGAUCAACUCUGGUGGAUGUGACCAUCGGAGGCCCUGACUUCUAACUUGUUGACCACUUAAUCUAUAGGACACCACCUUGCCGACCCUGGAGAACGAUAAGAAGAAAUUAUGUCAAAAAGUGGGGUGAGGGGAACAUAAAAAUGGGCUUAUGCAACCAACCACCUGGAAGCUGGGGUUCAAAUGAAAAUCUUAUAUGAUGAAUGGGGCAAGUGUUGCCUUAG